CAAUACCAGCAGAGCAGGCCUUUUCUCUAACCGAAAGGAACAAAGAAACUUAAAAUAAUCCUUUCUUUUUUUCCUUUUCCAGACUCGGGGGUUCUAAAUACUCAAAAUCCAGAUUCUCCUAUCGACCCAGUAACCGUUCUCAAACCCUAAACGCAGAAAUCGCAGAAUCGCUCUCCCAAGUGGCAGGUAAGUUUUGAUUGAUUGUGUUGCGCCGGCCAGCCAUCAUGUUGAAUUCUGGGGAGCCGGAGCUCUUUGCUGAUCAAGAGGCCGCCAGGACGUCAGUGGAGGAAGAACUGGCUCGGGAUAUGGUGAUGAUGGCACAAUUUGAGGAGCAGAUGAGGCAAUGGGAAAGAGAGCGGCGAGAGAGGAGGUUGAGGGAUCCUCAGUGCUUCGGGCCAGAAGCAGUGGAUCGUACCGCUGCUUGGCUUCGUGCUGGUCUUGCUAGCGCCCAAGCGGCUGGGAGUUCAAGGCAGACAGAAAUAGCUGAGCUACAGCAGAUGCUGGACAUGAUCCCCAGGUGGAGGAGUCGCGAAGAGGAAGAGGAAAGGAGGUUGAAGGAGGAGGCUCAAUUGGGGCUGGCCAGAGCGAUGGAUGUUGCUGCUGCUCCGGCCCAUGGAGAGGUUGAAGAGGAAAGGAGGUCGAGGAGGCUCGAUUGAGGACAAGAGCAGUGGAUGUCGCUGCUGCUUCUCCGGCCCAUGGAGAGGUGAAAGCGAAAAGGUUGAAGAAGGUUUGAUUGGAACUGAUUGAUGUUAUACCAUGGUCUCUGUCAGCUGUUGGACUCAACUUUGUUGCUUCUUUUCAUUUGUCACAAUGUGUCUUUGUGAUAUUAGCUUGUCUAUCUUAUUCUGCUCUUUAUUUCCUUCUGGAUUUAUUGGUGGUGUGAUGAUGGUUUCUACUGAUGUGCUCCUAUUAAAGUAAUGACGUGUUUUGGAAUUGACAAGUUGAUAUUAGACUGCAUGCUGAUACAUUUGACGAUGGAUGAUUAAUUUGAUAUUUUCAUUGACGUUGAUGAUAUGAACUAGAGUAUGUGAUUUCUUAUAAAUCAUUGGAAUGAUCGUGAUUAGGUAAAUGGAGAAGAUUUGAAGUUGAUAAAUGUUGCAUGCAUGUUGCU